UUCAAAAUCUGUUUGAUUUGUCUUUCUUCUAUUCAGCAAUCAUCCAAACUAAUCCAUGUUAAAUUUUUUCUAAAAUCUUGUUCUUUGGAAAGGCCAAACAUCAAGUUUUUAAAUUGUGAUCCACUUGUUGUCCAAGAUGCAUAAGAAUUUUUGAAUCAGCCCACAAAACAUAAUGAAUUCAAUGUACUUCCCUCCAGCUUUCCUUUGAAGUUCGGAUUAGAAUAGAGGGGAAGUUUGCAAUAGCGGAGUCCAAAGACAGGCUUAUUUUUAUUUGCAGAGAGAAGGUCAACUAGUUCGGACUCAGACAGCUCAAAUUUAUAGAUGUACAAACCACCAGUGACCCUCUCCUUCACUUCCUCCAAUUCGUCCCAGUAGAAGGACAGGGACGAACUCAGUUCAGAGUUAGUGUUAAAAUGGCAUGCUUUCACUUUGGAGGGGAAAUAGUUUGCCAAGAAAGUCUUCACCUCUUGGCUUUUAACUGGGAUGUUGCAGAGAUUGAACAAAUAAAGCUCUGGCAUUCUUUGUGUGAGAAACUUUAGGAACUGCAUGUGUUUGGGGUUGUCAAGCUCAAGGUCUAAUUCAGACUUUGGCCCGAAUUGUCUGUCCUCCCCAGUAAUAGUAAAUAAUAUUUAGUAUUGUAGAGGAGACUGAAGUACGAAAGAUUUGAAGUGUUGAGUUUGGAAAUUAGUGAUUGCUCCAUCCUUUCGUAGUCCGAGUUAAUGGCUUUGACUUCUUCAGCAAGUUUAUCAUUCUCUUUUGCAGUCUUUUCCAGAUUGUCUUUAAGAGUUUUCACUUUAUUUCGAAGAUCACUAAUUUUCUUGGAAUCAUUUUUCUGUAUAUUUUGAAGAGUUUUAUUCAGAUCUUCAAUUUUGGCUUCACAAGCAUCACUGAGAUCCUUGAUCUUAGUAUCCUUGGCUUGUCGUAGCUGGACCAUACUUUGGAUAUGAUCAUCUUUGAGUUUCUGGGUAUCUUGUCUGUAAGAGUUUUGUUUGUCAUUAAGCUUUUUCUUCGUAUCUUUAAUUUCUUUUUCUUUUUGAUUUAAUUGUUUUACAAGAUCAUCAUAUUCUGUCUGUAGCUUCUUAAAGUCUUUUUUCCCUUUGGAGAUCUUUCCAUUUAGAGCAAGUAUGCUAGCAUCCUUCUUCUGAUCUGUAUCCUUAAGAGCAACCAUUUGCUUCUCGAGUUCGCUAAUAGUUUGUUUAAGAACUUGAGUGUCCUUCUGUAGUUCUCCGAUUGAAACUUUGAGUUCAUUUUCUCUAUCUCCUGAAAUCUUCUGGAUAUCCUGUAUCUCUUGCUGGUGUCUUUCUUUAAGCAAGUUGACUUCUUGCUGAAGAUCUUGAUGGUUAGUUUGUUCAUCCUGUAGUUCAGAUUUAACAGCAGCAACUUGUCUUUCAAGCUCGAUCACAGUUUGCUCAAGUCUUUGAGCUUUCUGCUUGAAUUCUUCAAUAACAUUAGUGAGUUCUUGAACUCGAUCUUGAGCUGCUUGUCUGAGUUCUUCUAGUUCUCGAGCUUGAGAAUCUUGAAGUUCUUCUAUCUCCUGUCUCAGGUUCGAUGAAAUGGCUCUCUCAGCUUCGAGUUGGGAUUCAAGAUCAGCAAUUUCUUGUUGAUGCUUCUGCUUCAUUGCACGCAGCUGUUGUUUUCACUUCUCAAAUAAAUCGAUGAUUUCAUGCUUGUGUUUCAGCUCCAUCUCAACAAGCUCUGCACUCUUAAUAUCUUUUGAUUGUACUACAUCUAAUGAAUGAACCCAUACUCUGUUCAUCAAAAAGUCGUUGUAGAGAGGGUCACUUUGUAGUAAGCUUCAGAUUUCAUCAGCUUCACUAAGAAGAUAACUAAAUGUGAAGUAAUGGUCUGUUUCAAGCACUUUAUUCAACUUCUUUGCAAGACUAUCGAGCUCAUCAUUGACUUGGUUGGCCAGGGCUUCAUGUUUCACAGAUAUUCUUUCAUUGUCUUGUCUCCAAGUGAAGGCUAUGAACUCUUUACAGCAGUGUUUCAAUACUUCAAUCUUGUCUUUGACAAUAGAGGGAUUCACAAGGGAAGUGGCAUCGUAGUUGGGGUAUUACAUAUGACGAUGGUAAUUGCACGCGUACAGUUCUUUCUCAGAAAUAUAGCAUAUAGCAUGGCUGCAGCAAUCUAUGUGCUGGCAUUUUUGAUUGUUCAUUAGAAAUCCUAUAAAUUAACAAGGAAGUCCUUUU